GAGCUGUCAUUGGUCCGGCCAUUCCCAGCUAGAGCAGACGGAAGUGACGUAGAGAGCGGCCGUAGCGCCAGCAGGAGUCGAACCGGGAACCCUUAGACCGGAAGGGGUGGAGUUACCGGAGAACCGAGUGAGUGACGUCAUCAGAGCCGAUUUUCUACAAUGAGUCAGGGGGACACCAACUCCGCUGCUGUCCCUCAUGCUGCUGAGGAUAUUCAGGGUGAUGACCGCUGGUUGUCUCAGCACAACAGGUUUGUCUUAGACUGUAAGGACAAGGAGCCAGAUGUUCUGUUUGUUGGUGAUUCCAUGGUGCAACUACUGCAGCAAUAUGAAAUUUGGAGGGAACUGUUCUCUCCACUUCACGCACUGAAUUUUGGUAUUGGUGGAGACACAACGCGCCAUGUCCUCUGGAGGCUUCAGAAUGGAGAACUAGAGAAUAUCAAACCUAAGGUUAUUGUCUUAUGGAUUGGCACCAAUAAUCAUGAAAACACAGCUGAAGAAGUUGCCGGUGGAAUAGAGGCCAUUAUAAAACUGAUCAACACACUUCAACCACAGGCGAAAACAAUUGUCAUGGGAUUACUACCCCGUGGAGAGAGGCCCAAUCAGCUGCGUGAGAAGAACACCCGGGUGAACCAGAUUCUGCGCUCAUGGCUUCCACGUCUUUCUGGAGUUCAGCUCCUGGAUGCAGAUUUUGGAUUUGUCCACUCAGACGGCACUAUAUCUCGACAUGACAUGUUUGAUUUCCUCCAUCUCACGGCUGCUGGUUACGCAAAGGUCUGUAGGCCUCUUCAUGAACUGAUUAUGCAACUCUUGGAGGAGACCCCAGAGGAAAAACAAGUCACUCUGGCCUGAUCCCCACAUUCCUUCUUCACCAUGUCGUCAGUGUUACAUCAUUGGCUGCCCCUCCUUCACUCGCUACUAUUGCCUCAGCUGUAUAUCUACAUGCUCAGUGUAUAUACACAGAACUCGUAUACAUCUGCCGAAACCCAGCUUUUCCUGCUCUUCCCUGUUGUUGUCCCCCAUAUUAGUGGACACUUAUGUCCCCAGUAGAGUCUGAGGUGCGGAAUGAUAUAUGGAUCCUACAAGUAGGAGCAGCAAAAAAAAGGCUAAAAUCACGGAGUAGACUCUGUAAAUCCAUGAGAAACCCAGUGUACAGCGACUGUGAUGCCCUCAGCGGGUUAAAUGAUGUGGUGUGUAGCAUAUAUGUAGAAGCUAAUGUUCAGGACACCACUCCACACGUAACAGCUGGCUGGCCUGUUGUGUAUUGUUUUCCUUUUGCUUAGCAUUGAGUCUGACUGGUGCCUGCAAGGGUUUGCAUAGGUAUUUGGUGAGGCGGUGGUGUGUAGCGGGUACCCCUGGCAUGUGAAAGUAAACAUGUAUAAAAACUGAAGCAAGUUCAUAAAGCCUAACAUUAAUAGUGUCACUGCAGUGAAGUGGUUACAAGUUAUCUCUACCCUUGACAGAGCAACCUACACCAUUUGGCGGUUACUUAGUUUAUUUUAUGAUAUGAUACAUUGUUCUUGACUGUCUUCUCACUGUGCAGUAUAUGCACAGUCUUGGAAAUGUGUGGAAAAAAAAAAUAUAUAUAUAUAUGUAAUGGUUGUAUGGAUUGUAUGCUCGAUAGCUUCGGUCUAGCCAGGGACCAAAGCUGGAAAAUGACCCUCAUGUAUUAAGGUUAUCAGCAGUAAGACUUGGGCAUUAUGGGUAAAAGCAUGCGGCUUAGAAAAGAAGCAUAGAGCAAUAUGUUACUUAGCCGUAACACAAUAAAGUAUGUAUGAUGCAGAAUUAGGGCCAAGAAAAGCUGCAGACAGUGGGGAUACCCUAUAGUGUAUAAGAUAUGUCUGUACAGCUUUAAACCUCAUUUCGUAGAUCUCACAUCUAUAGAGCUUAUGCUUUGAUGUAUGGCGUAAUGAAUCGAUUGUCCCUUCUCGGUGUUGUGUGCGUAUGGAGCGGAAUUAUAAAUAUAACAAUGGAAAUACAGUCUCUGUCUUUAUGUCAUGAGAAAACGUUCCACAUUCGAUCAUCUAAGAUUGACUGACUUAAACAUGAAAGGCAGUACAUGCUCGGUUGUGGAAGGUUGCUAGAAACAUGUACUCCUGUACUGGAAUCACUUCAGUAGAGGCAUCUUCUAAUAAAGAUGGGAAAGGUAAAA